AUGUUCCGCAGCAGCGUCACCCGCGCUGCCCGCGCCGUCAACCCCGCCAACCCCUCCAUCGCCUCCCUCCGCACGCUCGCCACCGCCGCCGCACCUUCAUCGACUGCCUCCCCCUCCCCCGUUUCCUCCUCCACGCGCUCUCACAAGAUCCUCGUCGUUGGCGGCGGUAGCGCCGGUCUCAACGUCAGCCACCAACUCCUCCGCACUGGGCAAUUCACCCAAGAUGACAUCGCCAUCAUCGACCCCGCCGAAUGGCACCACUACCAACCCGGCUGGACCCUGGUCGGCGGCGGCGUGAAGACAAAGGAGGAGCUGCGCCGCCCGCUGCCUGGCUUGCUGGACCCCAAGCUGAAGCUGUACGGCCAGGCCGUGGACAGCUUCACCCCCGAGCAGAACACCGUCACGCUGGCCAACGGCGACCGUCUCGGGUACGAGCAGCUGAUCGUCGUGCCGGGCAUCCACGUCAACUUCAACAGCAUCCGCGGGCUGCCCGAGGCGCUGGCCGACCCGAACAGCCUGGUCUCGUCGAUCUACGGCUACGAGCACGUGGACAAGGUGUACCGGACGUUGCAGAAGCUCAAGAGCGGCAAGGCGCUGUUCACGCAGCCGGCGGGGGUGCUGAAGUGCGCCGGCGCGCCGCAGAAGAUCAUGUGGCUGGCGCUGGACCACUGGAAGCAGGCCGGGCUGUACGACCCGUCCAAUCCCAGCAAGUCGGCCAUCAACAUCAGCUUCGCGACCGGGCUGCCGGCGAUGUUCGGCGUGCCCAAGUACAGUGCCUCCCUGGAGGCGCUGCGCCAGGAGCGCGGCGUGGAGGGCCUGUUCCAGCACGAUCUCGUCGCCGUCGAGGGCAACACCGCCACCUUCGCCAAGGUCGAUGGGUCGGGCGCGCAGGUGCAGCGCGAGUUCGACCUGCUGCACGUCGUGCCCAAGAUGGGCCCGCACGCCUUCGUCAAGAACUCGCCGCUGGCCGACGCGGCGGGCUUUGUCGACGUCGACAACGCCACCACCCAGCACAAGAAGUUCAAGAACGUCUGGUCCAUCGGUGAUGCGUCGAGUCUGCCGACCUCCAAGACCGCCGCGGCCGUCAUCGCCGAGGCGCCCGUGAUGGUGCGCAACCUGCUGCGCGCGGCCGAGGGCAAGGCGCCCGAUGCUGAGUACGACGGGUACACCUCGUGCCCGUUGACGACGGAAUAUGGCAAGGUCCUGUUGGCCGAGUUCAAGUACGCGGGCGUGCCCAAGGAGACUUUUGGCAGCUUGUUCGGGAUCGACCAGGCCACGCCGCGCAAGGCUUUCUGGCAGCUGAAGAAGAACUUCUUCCCUUGGGUGUACUACAACAACAUGGUGAAGGGGACGUGGGCUGGUCCUAAGGGGUGGAUCCGGUAG